AUGUCUUCUCGAUCUAGGAAAUCUUCAAGAAAAGGCAAGGAACCGGUUUCUCACGGCCACCACGAGGAGGUUUACGACGGAUCCCCGGAAGGUACGGGGAGCUACUAUGCUUCAUCCUCCACAACGGCACCGACGACCGCCGAGUCCGGGACCACUCCCCCAGAACAGACGGUCCUCAAAUCCAAGUCGAUCAGGAGCGAGGGCGAGAUCACGCUCCAGGGACCGAUCGAGGUCGCGGGCUCCGUGAGGUCCGGGGGCAACGCCGCUUUCAACGGGGACUUUCAUGUCAGGGACAACAUCGAGGCGUAUGGGACUAUUGAGGUGAAUGGGAGCUUGGCGUGCCAGGGCAAGAUGAAGGCGUACGGGAACAUUCAUGUGGUUGGAUACAUGUCUGUCGGGGACAAGGUGAAGGGAUUUGGCAAAUUGAAGGUCACGGGGACGUGUGAGGCUAAAGAACUUGAGAUAUAUGGGAAUACGACGAUAAAUGGCUUCCUGAAAUGCAAAAAGAUGACGCUGUACGGCUCCCUUACGAUCAUAGGACCGAAUUCCGGGUACCAGGUCGAGGAGGAGGAGAAGAUCUGGGGUGCGAUUAUCAGCCGGGAUGAAGACUUGGAUUGGUGA